AUAUGCUCAAUAUCGACCAAUGAGACCGCUGUAAUUGACACAGAAUUCGGCAAAGUGAAGGGUGUCAAGCGGAGAAUAAUAUACGAUGUGCCAUACUACAGUUUCGAGGGAAUCCCCUAUGCUAAGCCACCAUUUGGCGAGUUACGCUUUAAAGCACCUGAACGACCUGAGCCUUGGGAUGGUGUGCUAGACUGUCUAAACGCCAAAGAUAGGGCUGUAUAA